AUGAAAAGGGUAAUAAAUAUUAAGGCAAAAAAAAAAUGUGCAAAAAUUGAAGCAAAUGCAAAUGAAUUUUAUGAAUACAAAGGGGACACAACAGAUAACGGGCAUGAACAGAAGGUAAACAGUAUAAAAAUAAAAGGCGAAAAUGUAGAAGUAGGAGUAGAAGUAGAAGAAAUAAAAGAAAUAAAAGAAAUAAAUGACGGAAAAGAGAAAAUAAAAUCCAGCGCUGUAACUACCGGAACUUUAUGCGAAAAUGUGUUAGAAGAAAAUCUCAAAAUGAAAUUAACUAAAAUGGACGUUAGCGAUAGAGUUGAAUAUGACGAUAGUUAUAGUGGUGGACACAACUGUAGCAACAGUAGCUCCAUUAAAUGCAGCUUAAAUCUCCAUGCUAACCGUAGUAAUGACGACGACCAAAACGAGUAUACGAAUGCGGAGCGUGGAGAAGAGAAAGCACCAAACGGUACUAACAGUAAUAUAAAAAAACUGGAUAACAUAAGGAUAGAAAAUAAUAUAAGCAAUCAGAGUUAUCUUGUUAAUGAAGAGGAUAAUGUUUAUUGUUAUAACGAAGUGAAAAGUGAAGAUGGGAACCACAAAAGAUUCAAAGGAGAGUGCAUUAAACGUAAAAUUGAGGAAAUGAAGAAGGAAAUGAAAGAAGGAACGAAGGAAAGCGUGAAGACAGAAGUAACGUACAACAGUUCAUACUGUGAUAACGAUUUUUCCAGCAUUACUAACCUCAACGAUGUUGAAAAAGAAUUCGCAGGACUUGUCGUUAAAAAUAAAAAACAUAAUAAAAAUAUUUAUGAGAAAUCGAAAAGCAUUAACAAUUUAAAUGAAAAAUGGAAAUUAUUACCUGCAUAUUUAAAAGUAAAAGGUUUAGUUAAGCAGCAUAUAGAAUCUUAUAAUUAUUUUAUAAAAAGAGAGAUAAAAACGAUAAUGAAUGCAACUACUAAUAAAAUUAUAAAAUCAGAUAUUGAUGAACAUUUCUAUGUAGAAUUUUUAGACAUUUCUGUUGGAAGACCAUCAGUAGAAGAAAAUAUGAUUGAAACAAAAUUGACACCUCAGAUAUGUAGACAAAGAGACUUAACUUAUUCAGCUCCUAUAUAUGUAGAUGUAGAAUAUGUAAAAGGAAAUAGUAUAGUUACAAAAAGUAAUGUAGAGAUAGGUAGACUACCUGUUAUGCUAAGAAGUGAUAUAUGUGUAUUAAAUAAUAAGAACGAAGAGGAAUUGAUGAAAUUAGGGGAAUGUCCAUAUGAUCCAGGAGGAUAUUUUAUAGUGAAAGGUACUGAGAGGGUUUUAUUAAUGCAAGAACAGUUAUCAAAAAAUAGAAUCAUUGUUGAAAUGGAUAUCAAGCAUAAUAUAUGUGCAACUAUCACAUCUACUACUGCAGAAUCUAAAAGUAGAUGUGCUAUUGUGUAUAAAAACAGUAAAUUGUAUUUGAAGCACAAUUCUUUUAUUGAAGAUAUAGGGGUUUGUAUUAUACUUAAAGCUAUGGGAUACGAAACCGAUCAAGAAAUAUUUCAAAUGAUAGGGUCUCAUCGAAAUUAUAUGAACGGAAUAUUACUUUCUUUGUACGAAUUAUAUACAGAAAAUAUUAAAACAAAUUUGGAUGCUUUGCUAUAUAUUGGGAAAAAAAUUAGACCGAGAUUAUUAGCCAAAGGGUUCUUUAGUUCAAUGAAAGAAAAACAAGUAAAAAAUGAAAAGGAUAUAAUUGAAGAAGGAUUAGAUUUUUUAAGUCGAGUUUUAUUAUCCCACAUUCAGCAGAAGAGUAAGUAUGAUUUUCGUAACAAAGCUAGAUGUAUUUGCCUUAUGAUUAGGAGAGUUUUAGAUAGUGCAAAUAAUCAAAACGAGUUAGAUGACAAGGAUUAUUAUGGAAAUAAAAGGUUAGAAUUAGCUGGACAGUUGAUAUCAUUGCUGUUUGAAGAUUUAUACAAGCGAUUUUAUUUCACCUUGAAAAAGCAGAUAGACCAAACGCUAAGCAAAUAUAUGCAAAGUAGUUAUAACUCGAAAAUGAGAAACAAUAACGCAAGUGGUUAUAUCAACUCUAGCGGUAGUAGUAACAUCAACAAUAACAACAACAGUAGCAGCUAUAGUAGCAACUUGAAUGAUAACUACCCAGACGUUUUUCGAAAUUUACCGAAGGAUAUAAUAACAAGAGGAAUGCAAACUGCUAUAUCUACAGGAAAUUGGAACAUUAAAAGGUUUAAGAUGGAAAAGAGUGGAGUGUCACAAGUGUUGUCUCGUUUAUCGUUUAUUGCAUGUAUUGGUAUGAUGACAAGAUUGAAUUCUCAAUUUGAAAAAGGGAGAAAAGUUAGUGGCCCUAGAGCUUUACAACCAUCUCAGUGGGGUGUAUUGUGUCCAUGUGAUACACCUGAAGGAGAGUCGUGUGGUUUAGUAAAAAAUUUAGCCUUAAUGACGCAUGUUACAAAUGAUAAUGAAAACAAUAAAAAUUUGAUUGAAAUAUUAUAUACGUUAGGUGUAGAAGAUAGUGACAGUUUAACAGGAGAAGAAAUAUACAAAGAAGGUGUUUUCUUUGUUAUUUUGAAUGGAAUAUUAUUAGGAGUUCAUAAAAGGCCUCAACGAUUUAUGCAAAGAAUAAGAUAUUUAAGGAGAUAUGGGAAAAUAGGUGAAUUCGUUUCUAUAUAUGAUAACUUUUUACAUAAUGCUAUAUAUAUAUCAACAGAUGGAGGUCGCUUAUGUAGACCGUUAAUUAUUGUUGAGAAUGGAAAAUGUAAAUUAUUACCAGAUCAUAUUAAAGCUUUAGAAAAUGGUAAAAUUAAUUUUUUUGAUUUACUGAAAAGUUCAGUUAUUGAAUGGAUUGAUGUGAAUGAACAGAAUAAUUUAUUAAUCGCAUUAAAUGAGGAAGACAUAUCUUCAAGUACGACUCAUUUAGAAAUAGAUCCAUUAACAAUUCUAGGGGUUGUGGCUGGAUUAAUUCCAUACCCAAAUCACAAUCAAAGUCCAAGGAAUACAUAUCAGUGUGCUAUGGGGAAACAAGCCAUUGGUGCAAUCGGUUAUAAUCAAUUUGUUAGAUAUGAUACAUUGUUAUAUUUACUAGUAUAUCCUCAAAAACCUUUAGUUAAGUCUAAAACGAUUGAAUUUAUUAAUUUUGAAAAAUUACCUGCUGGGCAGAAUGCAAUAGUUGCUGUUAUGAGUUUUUGUGGAUACGAUAUUGAAGAUGCCAUAGUAUUAAAUAGAUCUUCAAUAGAUAGAGGUUUUGGUAGAUGUAUGUCCAUGCGAAAGCAUUCAGUGGAACUGAAAAAAUACUUCAAUGGAUCCAACGAUAUUGUUUUACCCUCCCCACUGAUUAUUAACAAAAUACAGAAAGAAAAGCAGCACCAACAGCAAUAUCAGUCUCAGCAUCAGUCUCAGCUUCAACCGAUACAAGGAAGUGAAGAAGGCACCAAAUUGACAAAGAUGAACAAUAACUUGUUAAGAGUAAAAAAUAAUACGAAUGCACAAAUUUUAGCAGAUAUAAGGAGAGAGGAGGAGUCUACAAGAAUUGCAUAUAAAGAUAUGAAGAAGUAUCACUCGUUAGAUAUUGAUGGAGUUGCAUCUAUUGGGUACAUGUUAAAAGAAGGACAAGUAUAUGUAAACAAAUAUUCACCAAAAAAUAUAAAGGAUCAUGUGAAAGAUACAAGCAAAAUCGAUAUUAAUGAUUUUAAAUUAAAUGAAAUAAAAUAUAAAAGUGUAUAUCCAUCUUAUAUUGAUAAAAUAAUUUUUACAGAAAAUUCGGAGGGAUUAAAAAUAUAUAAAAUAAUUAUGCGUCAAACAAGAUUACCAGAACUAGGUGAUAAGUUUAGUUCAAGACAUGGACAAAAGGGAGUAGUUGGUUUGUUGGUAAAUCAAGAAGAUAUGCCAUUUACUGAGUCAGGAAUAUGUCCUGAUUUAAUUAUGAAUCCACAUGGUUUUCCAUCACGUAUGACUGUAGGUAAAUUGCUAGAACUUGUAGCAUCAAAAUCUGCAGUUAUGGAUGGAGAGUUUAAAUAUGGUUCUAUAUUUAGUGGUACCCCAUUUGAAGAAAUAGCCAAAAUUUUGUUUAGGUAUGGUUUUAAUUGUUCAAGUAAAGAAUUGCUAUAUUCAGGUUUGACUGGUGAACCUUUAGAGACCUAUAUUUUUAUGGGACCUAUUUAUUAUCAAAAAUUAAAGCAUAUGGUUCAAGAUAAAAUACAUGCUAGGGCUAGAGGGCCAAGACAAUUAUUAACAAGACAACCUACUGAAGGAAGAUCAAAAGAAGGUGGAUUACGUUUAGGUGAAAUGGAAAGAGACUGCUUAAUAGCUUAUGGUGUUAGUAAUUUAUUAUUAGAAAGAUUAAUGCUAAGUAGUGAUGUGUGUGAUGUUUAUAUUUGUGAAGACUGUGGUAUAAUGGGAUAUGAUUUAUUUUGUACCUUUUGUAAAAAAUACGAUAAAAAUGUUGUGGUUAAAAUGCCAUAUGCCUGUAAAUUGCUAUUUCAGGAGCUGCAAACUAUGAACGUUUUUCCAAAAAUUAUAGUAAAGGAGUCCUAG